AUGUCUUCCGGAUCGGGCUCUUCGCUGAGCAAAGAAAGAAACACUGUCGUUUCUUCCGCCGCCAUCACUGGCGGUGCUGCGACCACUGUCAUCGUUGCGUACCCUCCUGCCGCGCCCAUCGUCCUUGACUUGUCGGCGACAAUUUCAGAUCCUAUUAUUGUCGCCACUCAAGAUAUGCUAAAUCUCAAUCUUUUCUCGCCCUUUAGUAUAUCGAAUGUUGAAUGGGAUCUAAGCGGGGUUAACAGAGAAUUUGGCGGGUCUUGGUCUGAUGAUGGCCUCUUUCUAUUGGGCCAAACUGGAGAUUGUUCAUUUAAAUUGACCGACGUUACUUUGGGCUUGGGAAGAGAAACUAUAGCGGUUAGGAGGGAUGCGUCUGCAGUUGGGGAUAACUUGGCAAAUUUUUGUGGUGAUUCUUUAGUGAGCGUUAGCUCUGAAGAGGGGCUUAGUAUUGAUGAGGCAAGCUCGAAUGACCACCUUCGCUCGAUAUUUCUAAGGAUACCUCUGGUUAUAACUUUAGAGCGGUGGAAGACAAUGCAUAAUAUGUGA